AAAGGCCACUGAUCGCACAUUACAUCACAGUUGUGGCCGCAGACUCUGAUCACACCGGGGGAACCUGGCUCCUCACACUAAAGCGCACAGGCGGGACACUUUCUGAACUCUCUCCUCGUCACCAGACGCCACCAUGUUGCCUUUCAAGAGAACUUUCGAGGGCGAGAAGCAGCAGCUGCAGCAGCUCAACAGCAGACUGGCUCAGUAUCUGUGCAGGACCAAGCAGCUGGAGCAGGACAACGCGCAUCUGGUGAGCGAGAUCAACAAACUCAGGCAGACGAAGACUGCGGGAUGGGAGCCGAGGUACAAGGCCGAGAUGCGGGACCUGAGGGGGAUGUUGGGGCAGCUGUCGAUGGAGAAGUCCCAGGCGGAGAUGGAGCGGGAGAAGCUGUGGAGGGAGCUGCAGAGUGUCCAGGGUCUGUGCAGCGAGCAGACCGAGGUGUGCCGGGACAUCAGCGGGGAGCUGCACGGCUGCGAGAAGGAGCUCCACCUCGCCCACCAGACCAACAGUGGCCUCCAGCAGCGGCUCUUCCAGCUGGAGAGCCAGUGUAAAAGCAUGGAGGAAGCGCACAGGCAGGACAAGGAGCGUCUCCAGCGUCAGGUGGACUCCCGGGUGGUGCCCAUCAUCACGCAAACUUACCGCGGGCCUCCGGUGGCGUCCGUGGAGGAGGUGCAGGAGUACGCGCGGGGUCUGUCCGAGGGCUGGAUGGAGACGUUUGACAUGUACCAGCAGAAGGUGGAGGAGAUGGAGCAGUCGAUCAGAGCGGACCAGGCGAGGCUGGGCGACCUGCAGAGGGAGAAGAUGCUGUACGCGUCAGAGUUGGACAAAUUACGCACGGAGGCGGAGAAAAAGGGCCACGCUCAGCUGCGUCUGGAGGAGCAACUGAUGCACAUGCAGGAAAAAUUCCAUGUGGACUCCGGUGAAUAUCAGAUGAUUAUAGAGCAGCUGGAGCACGACAGAAACGCGAUGGCCAACACCAUAGAAACAAAGAUGCGAGAACAUCAGCACCUUCUCCAGGUGAAGAUGGAUCUGGGCAUGGAGGUGGCUGCCUACAGGGCUCUCCUGGAAGGUGACAGAGUGGGUCUGCAGGAUGCUCAUCCGAGGGUGAAUCAGCAUCAGAGAGAAAGAAUAAUAAAUAUCAAGAUGCCUGCUCAUCCCUACAAACCAAGAGCUUCCAUCCUAACAACCAGACCACACACGGAUAUCAGGUACAGGCCACAGACGUCAAGCCUGAGCAGAUCCCCCGUGCGUCCCUCUGGGUCCAUAAGUCCCUCUAGAGUCAUUCCUAUUUCAGUUGCAAGCAGAGAUCGUUAUCAAAGUCCUGAAUCCAGAAGGGACAUGAUCUCAUUCAGCAAAGCUCAGGCUGCCGCUUCUGCCACUGCCACUGCCACCACCACUGCUGCCAAAGAUGAACAAACAAGCAAGAGGGAAAACCCCAUGAGUCACAGUGUGCAAAAACCAACAGCAGAGGAGAAAACUGUGAAAAUCAAACAAGUCUCUUCAAUGGAAAACGAAAGCAGUCCCAUCAAGUCUUCUACUCCUGAGACCAAAUCAGUGAGAGUCGUGUCCCCGCCAAUGAUGAUGCUGAGCACGAAAACUGAACCAGAAAACAAAAAGCAACUUUUGGAUGAAGAGGAGAUGGAUUCUGUUUAUGACAGCGAGUUCGAAGACAAAGGGAGAAGAGAGUAUAAGGUAAGCCCAAGUGAGAAGAAGAUAUUAGACUCUGUGUCUGUAGAGGAGAUCAUUGAGAAAGUGAUUAGACCAGCUGGUUUGGAAGCUAAGGUUUGCUCUUCGGGAGAAUCCAAGAUCAGAUAUCAUGUUGAGAAAACCGAGCAGGAGGAUGGCACGUUUAAAACACAGAUUGUGCUGGAGUCCAAAGUGGAGGAAGAGCUGGAUUUUUCUGAAGACCUUGACCUGGAGGAACUUAUGAGCCAAGGCAUGAAGAAGGUGUCACUGGAGGACAUUGAGGACACGGCAACAGGAAGCAUGAUCAAGAAUCUUUUAAGUGGCCUGCAGGGAGCAGAGAACCUGCGAAAUAAGUCUGUCAAGGUGGAAAUCAUUGAGGAACCGGUGGACUCUUACAGUGAUGAGGAGCUGGAGGUUGAAGAGAAGUCCAGAUCCACUUUUUAUGCCCCCUCCUCAACAUAUUUCCAAAUUGAGGAGCUAGAAAACAUCCCUGAUGACGUACACGGACGAGAGGGUGAUGAUGAUGAUGCCAUGAAAUCCUCCGAGGCAGACACAGAUCAGUCCAAGGGCGGAUCUGUUCAUGUUCAACAGGUCUCUAGACAUAGUGAAUCUUCAUACUUCUCCCACGACCAAGAGCCUCAUGAGUAUUUUGUCUCCACACCAGAUGAUAACCUUUCUGAAACCGAGGAUGGUGGUGGCAUGUCCUCUUAUGGCCACUAUGGCAUUGUCGAUGACCUGUCAGAUGAGAGGUACUACCAAGAUGAAAGUCUUCCACGGAAAAGAGUGAUUGUAGAGGAAGGUGAUGAAUACAAGUUCAUGUCAGACGAUCACGACUUUGUCAAAGAGAGUUUCCCAGAGUGCAUCAUUGAAGAAGAGGUUUGUGUUUCCCCUGUAGUGCAGGAGUCAGUGCUGGAGUUCCUAAGAGAGGACUCUUUGGAGCCCAAGGACCAGCUGAAGGGAGCUCUAGAGCAGCUGCAAGGCUCCGUUUCUGGUCCUCUGAGGGAGGAGUUGGCUUUCCUCACUAAAUUGAGUAAAGAGAGUCCACAGAAUGUGGCUGUCAAAAGAGUGCAGCAGUCAAGUGACAAUGGAACCAUGACUAUAGUUGCCGAGCUAAAUGUUUCUCAAACUCUGGAAGACUCUGGGCUGCUGGAGGAAGGAGAUGAUCUGUCUGAGGAGCAGAUCAUGGCAGCAUUCAGAUCGUCCAACCUUGGGUUUGAGGGUGGUGCUGGAGGAGGGUACAGCUUCAGAAUUUCCAAAGAAGAGGAUGUUGCUUAUGACGAAGAGUUUGAUGUCUUUGCAAACCAAGGAGAAUCUGUGUCUGAAAUCACUGAGAAACACAUCAAACUAGAGCCAUCAGAGAAAUCCUCCAUCUUCCAGAUGGACAUACAAGACAGCCGUUCUGAGGCAUCUUCAGAGCGAGAGCUGCAGUCUCAAACCACAGAGAAACCACUGGAGUUUUCUCAAGAGAAAAGAGUUGCAACAAUAUACCUUGAAAGCCAAGAUGAUUAAAAGAGACUUUGGUCAGAAAUAUUUUAAAUUCAGUACCUGCCAGUCGUAUCAAGUGUCGAAGUGCAGAUACAGAGAGAUCAAAGGGCAUAAAUGCUGAUAGCAAACAUUGUAAUGAUGCUAUAAUUUGUUGCAGUAAAACAUUUUAUAUCUAAUUCCUUUUGGUACACUGUUUUACUGUGCCGACUUAAAAGAGUGUUUUACCUAAAACUUAACUGCAUACAUAGACAUAUUAUGCUUAUAUUUACGUUUAUAGUUUUAAUUUAGGGUAUUUGAAAAGGUUUGCAUGCUCAAAAACACAUCCUUUGCUCAUACUGUCCAUUGCUGCAGCACUUCUUAUCAGCCUCUGUCUGAAACGCUUGGUCUUAGCUCCUGUCUCUUAACAUAACGAUAAAGCCCACUCGCUCUGAUUGGCCAGCUGACCCAAUCUGUUGUGAUUGGUCAACCGCUUCCAGCAUGUGUAGGAUAUGUUGGCAUCCAAUCUUGUUGUACCGGGCUUCGUUAGGGGGCGUGCCAGACUAGACGCUAGGCGUACAUUAUGCAAAUGUUGGCUAUUAUGAUGUCAUGUGACAUCAUGAUGGUGUGGAAGUGUGGACUUUGGGCUUUUUAGCUUUGCAGAACUUUUACAGACACAGAAACUCUACUCGAAAACACUCUAGAGGAAAGAGAAAAACAUGUCUUCUUUAAAAUGACCAGAUUAAAACAUAUUUUUAUGGUAUAUGUUUUUGCAGAAGUAUAAUUAAAAUUAUGCCAGCUUAAGUUGGGAUUGUAACAUUGUAGCAAUGUUUAGGGUCAGUUAUACUGAGGGAGGGUUGCGCUAGUGUGUUUUAUUCUUUUUAUAGCUUGUAGUUUAUUUUCAAACUGUUUUGUUUAUUCUCUCUAGAUUUCUCUAUUUUUGUACUAACCUGUACUGCACAGCUUCAACAGACAGUUUACAGCACAUCAUCAACCCAACUGUCACAUCGUGGUCGUGUCAGCCAUGAUGUGAUAGUUGUGAGGUGCUGGGCACCCUACGCAGGCCUUUUUAUUUUUCUCUGGCACUGCUAAUGGAAUGAUGUUGGUGUGUACUGCAUCCUGGAACACAAUGGUUUAUUUUAAGUUGUUAGGAGUGUGAACAGAUUUAUAGUUAAACUCGUGGCUGGUGGUGUGAGGGGAGUGAAGAAAUAGAUGGUAAUUUGAUUCAUGAUAUAUUGCAAGUUUUGAAUUCUGAGGUAAAGGUGUAGUUCAAGUAAUGUGGAACUUAAGUGUUGUUUAAGUAACUCACAAAGUAAGGUAUGGUCAGAUGAUUGAACUAGAAUAUUAGCACAUUACACAUUCAAAAAAAUAACUGCACAUUUCAUUACCUAAUAACGAAAUGCAGGUUACAUAAUCAAUGUAAACAAUGUAAUCUCUAAUGUGAAUAUUUAGUUCCAAUAUUGUGAUUUGUGAGUUGGUAAAUAGAAAUGGUGGAUCACACCAUUUAAAGUAAGCAAAGAGUAAGGUGAAAGAAUGAAAGGAAGCGGCAGAACUUAAUGAUUCAAGGAUGCAGCAAGUGUUGUGAAAGAAAAUAUGAUCACAUUGAGUUUUAAUGUCAUGUCCAAUUUUAAUUUCGUGUUUCAACGCCGAUUGCUUGUCCACAUGUGUUUGUUAUCACAACGUUGGCUUGAGGGAUUCACCUUUACUCUGACAUAGCAGUGUGUUCAUGAUGCUCACUAUUUUUGGAUGGACAGCUUAGUGGCACCGAGCGUUCUCUGGGGUUUGUUGUGUUGUGUUCUUGUUGCAGAGGCAGAAACGUCUGUUUAUAGCCUGUUUAAAUGUUUUACACAGCAACCACUGAGCAAUGUCUUCACAGAUUGGCUUUUUGGCACUGUUACGUUAAAAUAACCUGCAGAAAUAAAAUAUUCAGUGUGAAUGCCAUGCUUUUAUAAACAUCUUUACAAAAAGAACUUCUAUUUCAAAUUUGUUGCAUUAAAGUGCCCAGAUACAGGAGAUUUCCAAACAUUUGAUCAUCUGCUAACCGCAGUAAUUUAGAUAUUAUUACAUUGUUGCACAUAAAUAUUAACAAGGAAUAUUUGUAAGUGUAUACUGUAUGUUUGUACACAUUGUAAUCUGAACACCAUGUGCCAUGUCAGAGCGUAAACAAACCUUUACAAACGUGUAAAGAAUGUUUGAGUCAGUGUUGAUUGAGGACGUUCACCAUGGAUACCCCAACAUCGUUGCUGUUAUUGACAUACAGUGAUGAUUUCUACUGAAACUAUCAUUGCAUUGUUUAAAAUUGGUUCCAGCCGUAACUUUGUAAUUGAUUCAUUUCUUAACACGAUUAAAAGCUAUUGUGGGUA